GAAAUCGGUGACCGUCUCUGUCUCCCUCAAGAGCGAUCAAUGGAUCAGAAUCCGUACAGGAGAAGAUUGUCUCCGAUCAGAACCACCACCGGCGGUUCAAAGUCCGUUAAUUUCUCCGAACUAUUUCCAAUGAAGUAUCUCAGCUCCGGUACGAUGAAGCUCACGAGAACCUUCACUACUUGCUUGAUACUCUUCUCUGUACUAGUAGCAUUCUCAAUGAUCUUUCACCAACACCCAUCUGAUUCAAAUCGGAUAAUGGGUUUCGCCGAAGCAAGAGUUCUCGACGCCGGAGUUUUUCCAAAUGUUACUAACAUCGAUUCAAAUGAUUCUGAUAAGCUUCUCGGAGGACUACUUGCUUCUGGUUUUAAUGAAGAGUCUUGCCUUAGUAGGUACCAAGCAGUGCUUUACCGUAAACCUUCGCCUUAUAAGCCUUCUCCUUAUCUCGUCUCUAAGCUUAGAAACUACGAAAUGCAUCACAAGCGAUGUGGUCCGGGUACUGAAUCUUACAAGAAAGCUCUAAAGCAACUUGAUCAAGAGCAUAUUGAUGGCGAUGGUGAAUGCAAAUAUGUUGUGUGGGUUUCUUUUAGUGGCUUAGGGAACAGGAUACUUUCUCUAGCCUCGGUUUUUCUUUACGCGCUUUUGACGGAUAGAGUCUUGCUUGUUGACCGAGGGAAAGACAUGGAUGAUCUCUUUUGUGAGCCGUUUCCCGGUACGUCGUGGUUGCUACCUUUAGAUUUCCCGAUGACGGAUCAGUUUGAUGGAUUGAAUCAGAAAUCCUCUCGUUGUUAUGGAUCUAUGGUGAAGAAUCAGGCGAUUGAUACCGAGAAAAUUUUGUCUUAUCUUUAUCUUCAUCUUGUCCAUGAUUAUGGAGAUCAUGAUAAGAUGUUCUUCUGUGAAGGAGACCAGACCUUAAUUGGGAAAGUCCCUUGGUUGAUCGUCAAAACAGAUAAUUACUUUGUUCCAUCUUUAUGGCUAAUCCCGGGUUUCGAUGAUGAACUAAACAAGCUAUUCCCGCAGAAAGCGACUGUCUUUCAUCACUUAGGUAGAUAUCUUUUUCACCCAACAAACCAAGUAUGGGGCUUAGUCACUAGGUACUACGAAGCUUACUUAUUGCAUGCGGAUGAGAAGAUUGGGAUUCAAGUAAGAGUUUUCGAUGAAGGCGCGGGUCCAUUUCAGCACGUUAUGGAUCAAAUUUCAUCUUGCACUCAAAAAGAGAAACUUCUACCUGAAGUAGAUACACUAGUGGAAAGAUCUCGCCAAGUUAGAACCCCCAAACACAAAGCUGUGCUUGUCACAUCUUUGAGCUCGGGCUACUCGGAGAAUCUAAAGAGUAUGUAUUGGGAAUAUCCGACAAUAACUGGAGAAAUCAUCGGUGUUCAUCAGCCAAGCCAAGAAGGUUAUCAGCAGACGGAAAAAAAGAUGCAUAACGGUAAAGCUCUUGCGGAAAUGUACCUUUUGAGUUUGACAGAUAAUCUUGUGACAAGUGCUUGGUCUACAUUUGGAUAUGUAGCUCAAGGUCUUGGAGGUUUAAAGCCUUGGAUACUCUAUAAACCCGAGAACCGUACAGCUCCUGAUCCUGCGUGUGGUCGGGCUAUGUCGAUGGAGCCUUGUUUCCACGCGCCGCCAUUCUAUGAUUGUAAAGCGAAAACGGGUAUUGACACGGGGAAACUAGUUCCUCAUGUGAGACAUUUAAAACGUGAAUCUGAUGAUCUUUGCUUCUUCUCUUACUCUUUUUUCCAUGUAACAGAUGAAGAAGUAAUCGUAGCCAUGUUUGGAUAUGAUCAAGGAAAUGGCUUUGUAGAAGCAUCCAGAAUCAUACGAAUGGAACCGGAACCAAAUGUGACAUCCUCAGAUGAUUCAACAUUGCAGAGAGAUCAGGAACAAAAAGAUUCUGUAGAUUUGUCUCUGCUUGGAGGACUACUUGUUUCUGGUUUCAAAAAAGAGUCUUGCUUGAGUAGAUACCAAUCUUACCUCUACCGUAAAGCUUCACCGUAUAAACCUUCGUUGCAUCUACUUUCGAAGCUUAGAGCUUACGAAGAGCUUCAUAAACGUUGUGGACCGGGAACCAGACCUUAUACCAAUGCGGAAAGAUUGCUUAAACCGAAACAAACAGGUGAGAUGGAAUCAGAAGGAUGCAAGUAUGUUGUUUGGAUGUCAUUUAGCGGAUUAGGAAACAGGAUUAUCAGUAUUGCCUCUGUGUUUCUGUAUGCAAUGUUGACAGAUAGAGUCUUGCUCGUUGAAGGAGGAGAGCAGUUCGCAGAUUUAUUCUGCGAACCAUUCCUCGAUACGACUUGGUUAUUACCUAAAGAUUUCACCUUGACUAAUCAGUUCAGUGGCUUUGGUCAAAACUCAGCUCAUUGCCAUGGAGAUAUGCUGAAGAGACUGAUUAACGAAUCUUCUGUUUCGUCUCUGUCUCAUCUCUAUCUUCAUCUAGCUCAUGAUUACAACGAGCACGACAAAAUGUUCUUCUGCGCAGAAGAUCAGAAUAUCUUAAAGAAUGUUCCUUGGUUGAUCAUGAGGACAAACAACUUCUUUGCACCGUCUCUCUUCUUGAUUCCUUCUUUCGAGGAAGAGCUCGGUAUGAUGUUUCCCGAGAAAGGAACGGUAUUUCACCAUUUGGGUCGUUACCUUUUCCAUCCUUCGAAUCAAGUCUGGGGACUAAUCACAAGAUACUAUCAAGCUUACUUAGCCAAAGCUGAUGAGAGGAUUGGUCUUCAAAUAAGAGUCUUUGAUGAGAAAUCCGGCGUAUCUCCUCAAGUCACAAAGCAAAUCAUUUCGUGCGUUCAAAACGAGGAUUUGUUACCGAAACUAAGCAAAGGAGAAGAACAACACAAGCAGCCAUCAGAAGAAGACUCGAAACUCAAAUCUGUCUUGGUCACUUCUUUAACAACAGGAUACUUUGAGAUCUUGAAAACAAUGUAUUGGGAAAAUCCAACUGUAACAAAAGAAGUGGUUGGAAUACAUCAGCCAAGUCAUGAAGGACAUCAACAAACAGAGAAGCUAAUGCAUAACAGGAAAGCUUGGGCAGAGAUGUACUUACUCAGCUUAACCGAUAAGUUGGUUAUUAGUGCUUGGUCUACAUUUGGUUAUGUAGCUCAAGGACUUGGAGGGUUAAGAGCUUGGAUUCUGUAUAAACAAGAGAAUCAAACCAACCCAAAUCCACCUUGUGGUAGAGCUAUGUCACCAGAUCCUUGUUUCCAUGCUCCUCCUUACUACGAUUGCAAAGCUAAGCAAGGAACUGACACCGCACCUACUCAUGGAGGAAGCGGUGAGUUUCUUAUGGAGUUAUCUAUUGGAAACCCGGCGGUUAAAUACGCGGCUAUUGUUGAUACCGGAAGUGACCUUAUAUGGACUCAAUGCAAGCCUUGUACUGAAUGUUUUGAUCAACCAACUCCGAUUUUCGACCCCGAGAAAUCUUCCUCUUACUCCAAAGUAGGGUGUUCUUCUGGUCUUUGUGAUGCAUUGCCUCGAUCAAACUGCAACGAGGACAAAGAUUCUUGUGAGUAUUUGUAUACUUAUGGAGAUUACUCAUCCACAAGAGGGCUCUUGGCCACGGAAACCUUCACUUUCGAGGACGAGAACUCGAUUUCUGGUAUCGGGUUUGGGUGUGGGGUUGAGAACGAAGGAGAUGGGUUCUCUCAAGGGUCAGGUCUUGUAGGUCUUGGUCGCGGACCGCUCUCGCUUAUUUCUCAGCUUAAAGAGACUAAAUUCUCUUAUUGCUUGACCUCGAUUGAGGAUAGUGAAGCAUCUAGCUCGUUGUUUAUUGGAUCUUUAGCCUCGGGUAUCGUGAACAAAACCGGUGCAAAUUUAGAUGGUGAAGUCACCAAAACGAUGUCGUUGCUACGAAAUCCAGAUCAGCCUUCGUUCUAUUACCUUGAGUUACAAGGCAUCACCGUUGGAGCAAAACGCCUUUCUCUUGAAAAGUCUACUUUUGAACUAUCCGAAGAUGGAACCGGAGGCAUGAUCAUAGACUCGGGCACGACUAUCACGUAUCUCGAGGAGACCGCGUUCAAGGUGUUAAAGGAGGAGUUUACUUCUCGGAUGAGUUUACCAGUCGAUGACUCUGGAUCAACGGGACUUGACUUGUGCUUCAAGUUACCUAAUGCAGCCAAGAAUAUUGCUGUUCCUAAGCUGAUAUUUCAUUUUAAAGGUGCGGAUUUGGAGCUUCCCGGAGAGAAUUACAUGGUGGCGGAUUCAAGCACCGGCGUUUUGUGCUUAGCCAUGGGAAGUUCUAAUGGGAUGUCUAUUUUUGGAAAUGUUCAGCAGCAAAAUUUUAAUGUACUUCAUGAUCUUGAGAAAGAAACAGUGACAUUUGUUCCCACUGAAUGUGGAAAAUUGUAGAUUUUAAUUGUUUUUUUCUUUUAUUAUAAAUAAACUUUCAUGCUUUUU